UACUUAUGGUAAUUCUGGCAUAAUUUUCAACUAACAGUCCCUAUUUCUGGAUGAAAAACCGUGCUAAACCUCGUUCAAUUCUCUAGUCUCUACUCUUUAAUUUGCAAAAUAAAUCUAGCUUGAAAUUCUUUGAGCAGGAGCGUUUUACUCUACGAUACAGGGGGUAUACACAUCACUUGGAAGAAGCAAUAUAGAAACUCAAAAUUUGUUUUACUGAAAUUUGCAUGCAUAAACAGAUUUGCAAAAUUAGUCGAAACUUAGCUUAAAUCGCAGUAGCUUACUUUGCUUGAUUAAGUGGUUUUUAGAUUCAUGUGCAAGCUUUCUUCUUCUAAAGCUUACAUGUGUGUUGUUUUGUGUGAAACCAUAUUAUUAAGGCGGACAAGAAACUAGAUAAGGAGUUGAAUAUGACCACACCAUCCCCACGAUCAACAUCCUCCCAAGCAUCAACCACUCGUACCUAUGUUGUUACCGACAAGGAUCGUGAGAAGGUAACAUCUACUUGGAUGCGUGUUAUGAGAAAAAAAGUUGUAGGAAUGCAAAAGACGGGUGAUACCAUCUCCAUAACUAUCCCGGAAAGCGUGUUUCUUAACGAAAAUGGGUUGGAUGUUUCACUUGACUUUGAAGACGUGCUUGAUUGGUGUUUCCAAAGGGAGGUCGGAGAAUCGCAAAUGAAGGUCUUCAUGAAGCACCUAAAAGAACGUUGUCAAAAAGAAGGUGUCUCAGGAAUGUAUGGGUUCUGUGACUGUAAUGUUCUUUCACCAUUGAAACCGACAACGGGUGAACAAGUUCCAUCUGACUACUUAGCCCAUGAUUUUGGAACCAAUGAGGGGAAAAAUGUUAAUCAAUUAUUCUUUUCUCCUUAUAAUGACAAUCUGCAUUGGACGUUAGCGGUGAUUAGUCCAUGGAAUGGGUUGAUGUAUUGGUUAGAUCCACUUGGAGCAGAAAACGAAAUCAACUCAUUGGCACAAAAAAUCAUCAAUGAGGGAAUAGUUAAAUUCAGCAUGAAGCAUCGAAAAGAUAUCAAGAAAAUAAAAAAAGAAUCCAAAAAUAGGGUGGAAGCAACCACGUUGUCCUCUACAAUCUGCAUACACAAAGCACUGUGGUUACUUUGUAUGUCGCUAUAUGCUGGACAUUAUACAAAACAGAGUAUUAUGGAUUUCUGA